AUGAACCUUAUGGAUAUGUUACUGGGAGAUCCUCCCUCGUCAAUAUACACUACCCAGGAUGUGGAUAUGACAUCUAUUUUGGACGAAAACGCUGUUAUUCAUACUUCAACAAAUACCCUCAAUGAGCAGGGCCAGCACCACGAAAGCAGUAUCUACUACUUGCCAACAGUAUUGACACGACUCCAGAAGGAAUUAGCUGAGGUUGUAGUUCAACUUUUCAGUACUGAUCUUGUUGGUGAAGUUCGCUCCAAGAGACUGAGAACUAGUAUAGACAGUUUGUUGGAAUCUGUGACAAACUCCAGCAACUCACUCAGCUCGUUUGACAAAGUCACCCUUUUGUUUGACCAACUCAGCAUCAUAAACAAUCAUCCCUCGUUAUUGGUAGACCACUUUAUGCCCAAGAAACUUCUUUUACUGGAUGUCAGCGAGAGAUUGGUAGCGAUGUCCGGAAAAUUCCAUUUGUUCAACAGAAUUGUAGAUUCAUUAAUAGAAAGUGAACAUGGCCCAGGUGGAUUCCAUGUUCUUGUGGUCGCACAGAGUGUCAAGGAAAUUGAGCUCAUCGAAGGCUUAAUUAUUGGAAAGAGGAUCUACUAUAACAAUUUCAGCAAUGCCAAGUUGUACAAUGAUAACCGGGGCAUUCCUGACUUCCACAACCCCAAGAACAAGAAGUUGAAGGAUAAGGUAUGUUUGUACUUGGUGACGUCACAACAGUUGUACAAUAACUACGUACCGUCUUCUGGGAAUGACAAUUCCAAAUUUAACUUGAUUUUUUCGUUUGACAUCAAACUAGAUGUCACGAGUCCGAGUGUAGAGCUUCUUAGAGGAGACACUGAAGAGACCCCAAUUUACAUUGCUGUGCCAGUUUUUUCCAUUGAGCAUGUGCAACUCCAAUUUCCCGAGCCUAGACCUUCGCUAAAUUACGAAAAAGAUACUUCCAAUCCUCUUUUCAAAUGGAAGCUUCAGGUGAUCAACGCAUUCAUAGUGAACAGGUUCAAUUUGUUCGAGAUCGAGGACAAAACCUUCUUCCUUGAUGUUUACGGAGGACGAAUGAGCAGACUGCAGGGCUGGUUCAAUAGGAGUAAUGCGCUGUUUCCAUCUCUUUUGCAAGACUAUGACAAGAAGUUGAACUUACAUUUCACAGAUGAGAAGUUGAUCAAGAAAUUAAAUUCCAACUAUUCUACAUUUGAUAUUAUCCAUGAGAACUUCAAGUUAAAGAGCUAUGACUACAAGAGCUAUAAAGAGAAGUUAGCUGAGAUUCUUAACUUGAGACUCGACCAGAUAGAAACUACCACAUACGAGUUGCACAGCAAGAUUCCCCAUUUUAGAGAAAUUGAAUCAAAACGGCAAAUCCAAUAUGAUUUCGAUGAAGACAAAAUCGCAGAUAGCUACCGCAAAUUAAGAAGGCUAAAUGAGGAUGCUGGAUUCGCUGAAAAGAAGCUUGGAAGGAUUGAAACAGAUUUGGUGAGAACUGUAGAGAAGAAGACAGAAUUAGAACGAAGAAAUAGUUUCCUCGUGGAGCAUAACAAGGAAGCAACUGAAAAAUUGAAGGAACUCACAAGAAAUCAGGAAAAGUCGCUAGAUGAGCUUCAGAAGGAACUUUGCAUUGUAGAGAGUGAGUUCAAUAAACUAAACGAAGAAAAUGAUGCCGUCCGUCAGAAGUACCAGAAUAGCUCUACUACGGCAGUGCAAUUGUCUAGUCAACUUCAUAAAUUGAAGGAGCAGAAUAUCAAGCUUGAGGCUAAGCUUAAUGGACCAGGAAUGAGAUCUUUGCCUGUUUUGAUCCACAAAGACAGUUCAUCAGUCUGCGAGCAUCAAUUGAAGAGAUUGAAGACAAAUAACAACUUCUUGUCGUUGUUCCUUCAGGAGAAGAUAGAGAAGCUAAGCAAAGAGAGACAGAUUAUACUAGAGACUACAGCAACGGGCUCUUCCAGUAGACCCAGCAACAGAAUAAGCAGAGCAUCUACGCCGAUGUGA